AUUCAUGAAUUGGCAUUCCAUUCCAUUUGCUUUGUGCUCUGUCAAUUUGAAUAACUGUAUUGUUGCAUUGCAUAGUUACGUAACCUACAAAUAACCUAAAAAUACCUGAAGUCUAUCUUUUCACGGUAGUUUUAGUGCAGUUUGUUAUGAAAUAACGCGGGUGCAAUGGAAACCAGUUAUGAUGAGGAUUUGAACGACAAUAUUUUCUACCAAGUUUUACAAACUGAUCACAAGGAAUUGUUUCACAAAGCACUUCUUGAUGGGUGGGUAAUUUGUGUUCCCAGAUCAGGUUCUCUACCAAAGUAUGCUGUGACUCAAGACGAUAUACUAAGUCACAUUUUGAUUCCUAGUGAUGAAUUACCAGAAACGCAUUUUCGAACUCUCAAUGAUAAGGAUAUUACGAUUUGUAAUAAGGUGAUAACAGUGGAUCCCCAUGAUCAUUCCGCUAUCUAUAGUACACAUGUUUUGUUUGAAGAGACUUUUUACACUAGUGAUAUGAUGAAGUACAAAAUUCUAUGCAUUGAGAAUCCAUUACAGAUUUAUACGGGGGUAUCAAAGGAGGAGAGUAGCAGUAGUGUAGUUUCUGUACAAACUUUGAGGGACUGUAUUGAUUUGUUAUGGACUGAAACGGCGGGUAAGGAGGUUUUGGAGAAAAUUGAUGAUAUUAUUCAAAAAUUUCUAGUUGCAAAUGAGAGGCUAGAGUUCAAAUCCCUCCAGAAACAACGUGAUCUAGUCGGAAACUUGUACUCAUCUUGCCUGCAAAUAGUUUUACUUGACAGUCGUCUCCGUGUGAAAACCGCUACCAAUCGUCACUUGUUACAAAACAUCAAAACCAGCGUCGAAUCCUACAUACAUCAUGCAAUCUACAAGAAACUGAUCAAAGGUAUAACUGCCUGUACUGCAUGUGAGGACGCAAAUUUUAAUAAAAUUGUGAGGAAUUUAUCGGAUCUACAGCUGCAGGACUUGGAGGUUAGGAGUGACUUGUACGACACUGUACCCAAGGCAAAGGCACAGAUAGCUAGGAUCGACUGUUAUUGCACUGUGUUGGGUAAGAUUAGUUGUUUACAGAGAACUUUGGCUGCGAUAUCAAAGUGUGACGCUAGUAAUUCGUCGUACGGGAACGUUUUGUCUGCCGAUGAUCUACUACCAAUGUUGGUAUUUUUGGUAAUCAAAUCGGGGUUACCCAAUUGGAUAGCGCAUGUCACAUACAUGAAGUUGUUCAACUUCUCCGCGUCACUCUCUCACCAAAUCGAUCAGGGUAGUUUUUUGGUGACCUCUCUAGAGGCGGCUAUAGAACAUAUCAAAUCAGGGCUACUUCAGGGACCCUCCGAGCCAGAGGGACAACUGAACCUAGACGGCGCAGAGUCAGAUUCUGGAGGCUACGAGAUGUAUCAAGGAUUCGGGAUACCGUCGUCGAUUGACAGGUUGGAUUCGAAAACACGGUCUGCUACACUGUCGAAUCUGUUUGAGUUAGCACGACAGGGGAAUGCACAGGAACUGGAAAAACUGUUGACAGGUAAGGGGAGCGAGACAGACGAUGAAAUGAUACUACUGAACGCGGUGAGCUCGUUGAAACUGUGUCAUCCCCUCUGUUCUUGCGACAAAUGUGAGAGGGUGUUGUCACAGAAUCUGCUAGACACCACACCAACUAUACAUUCCUGUGACGACCGAGGAUACACGAUUUUACACGUUGCCAGCAUGUACGGACGUCCGAAAGUUGUGGAUGUUCUGAUUUCCUGUGGAGCCAACCCGAAUUCUACCGACUACUCGGGGUCCACACCCCUCCACUAUGCCGCAGCCAGAGGUCAUCAAAAUGCUCUCCUACUCUUGAUCCACGCUGGUGCCAAAGUGGAUAAAGCUGACAACGAGGGUAACAUGCCGCUACAUCUGUCCGCGGGGAACGGGCAUGAAGGUUGCAUCAAGGCCAUACUGUACUACACGGAGCAUGUGGGGGUGAAACUGGACAUCAACAUGAAAAAUCGCCACGGUGAGACCGCUCUACACAACGCGGCACGAUGGGGGUAUCAAUCUAUUGUGAAAAUAUUGUUAGAAUACGGAGCUUGUCCUAGUGUGGAGAAUAAACGUAAACUCACACCCCUAGACUACGCACACAGUCUACAUAUAUCUAAGCUGUUGAUGUCUUGGGCAAAACGUACGAUCGCAAAUUUGUUGGUACCGAAAUUCGAGAAUAGUAUCUCUAAUAAUAAACAAGAUAUGACUGUAGCUGCAGCUUCCAAACCUCUACUAGAUUUCAAUGAUGAGGGUAGUGUAGUGGGAAAUAGUAGGGAAGUCGGUAUACGUCCUCAAACUACCGAUCAGAUUAAACAGAUUGAAAGGUUGUUGAGGGCGAUAGCUUACGGCGAUGUACAGUUGGCCUGUUUCUAUCUUGGACUAGUGCUGCCAGAUCGCGAGGAAAUGUUGAAGAAACUGGAGAAAACGCACUCGUGUCACCCGUUAUGCUCGUGUAAAAAACUCGUGAGGGAUGAUUGUGAGGACGAGGGUAAAUGUGUGGUGAGAUCAGAGAAUAUCGCGUACGAUGUUUGCGAUUCGGACGGGUUCACACCCCUACACGUGUCAGUCAUGCAUGGACAGAUAGAUUUGGUGAAAAUGUUGAUAGAUGUUGGGGCCAAGAUUAACUUGCGUACUAGAACUAAAAAUAAAACUCCCCUGCAUCUAGCCUGUGAGAACGGUCAGAAUAAAAUUGCUCAACUCCUUCUCAGUAGCGGUAUAUGUGAUGUUAAUUGUCAGGACGCUUACGGGAAUAGUCCUUUGCACUACGCGUGUUUGGCUAAUAACACACAGUUGGUGCAGAUUUUGUUGAACUAUAAACCGAAUUUGAAUUUGCGUAACUCCAAUGGAAAAACGGCACAGAAGGAAGCAGAGGAUAGAAUGUCGUUGUCUAUGUUGAGGCUACUGACGAACGCUAGUGGUGGGGGUACAGUGGUUUGAAAGGUGGAUAAGAAGAAAGAGGAGAUAGAGAAGAAGAAGGCGAAAGAGAUGAUAAACAAGAAGAAAAGGGAGCAGAAGAUCAAGAAUAACUAAGGAGAGGAGGUAAAGAAUAAAAAUAAGAAGUUUGGUAAGAGCUGA